UCCAUUCUUGCUACCCAAGCCUCCUUUAACCUAACCCUAGAGUUAACCCCAAAAGGGAAAUUGCCACGACAGGGUUUUCUAACUCUGGAUCUUCAACUCGUUUUGUUUCCGGAAAAAAUUUCCUCCUUGGUUUGAAUCGGCGCAGAGUUUUGUGCUUUCUCGGGCUAAUUAAAAACCUAAUUGAGAACAAAAUAAAUGCAAAAAAUCUUAACGCCGAGAUUCUUGGCGUUAAAGAUUAUUGAGACCAAUGACAGACGUUACACAGCAAUUGGUGAUCAGCUCAAUCAAUGAAUACUAAACGAGCCAGAUUGUAUAUAUACCGGCUAUGAGCAAUGUGCGAGAAUCGCUUUGACUGCAACGUCUCUUUGCCUUCACAGUACUAUACAAAUUCCUUUGCAUAGUUCAGGUUUUUAAGUUGUAGAUAGGGUUUCGAAAUUUUUGCGGUGUGAAUGGAGCAUAGCGUAGGGAAUGGGUUUCGGCUGGGCCGGAAGAUCGGAAGCGGCUCGUUCGGGGAGAUCUAUCUCGGUACUAAUAUUCAGACUAACGAAGACGUUGCAAUUAAGCUUGAAAAUGCCAAUACGAGGUAUCCUCGGCUGCUCUACGAAUCAAAGUUAUACGGACUCUUACAGGGAGGAACUGGAAUUCCAAAUGUGAGAUGGUUUGGAGUGCAAGGAGACUAUAAUGUUUUGGUGAUGGAUUUGCUUGGACCUAGUCUUGAAGAUCUUUUUAACCUCUGCAGUAGGAAGUUUUCUUUGAAGACAGUUCUCAUGCUUGCUGAUCAAAUGAUCAAUUGCGUUGAAUUUGUUCAUUCUAAAUCAUUUCUACAUCGAGAUAUCAAGCCUGAGGAUUUUCUUAUGGGCUUGGGGACGCGUGCAAAUCAGGUCUACGUCAUUGACUUUGGUAUGGCUAAGACAUUUAGAGAUAGAUCAACACAUCAGCACAUUCCUUACAGAGAAAACAAGAAUUUGACUGGAACCGCUAGAUAUGCAAGCAUGAACACUCAGCUUGGUAUAGAGCAAAGCCGGAGGGAUGAUUUGGAAUCUCUUGGAUUUGUCCUUAUGUACUUUUUAAGAGGAAGUCUUCCUUGGCAGGGACUGAAAGCAGGAACUAAGAGACAAAAGUAUGACAAGAUCAUUGAAAAGAAGGUUUCUACUUCGAUUGAGGCCUUGUGUCGGGAUUGUCCAACGGAAUUUGCAUCAUACUUUCACUAUUGUCGUUCACUUCGAUUUGAUGAUGAACCAGAUUAUGCUUAUCUGAAAAGAAUAUUUAGUGACCUUUUUAUCCGUGAAGGCUUCCAGUUUGAUUAUGUGUUUGACUGGACCAUUUUGAUCGAUGAUGAACCCGGCCCGGUGCAAAAUUGAAGAAGAGAACAAGGGUGCUUGUUAAGGAGUUGGCCGAUGACAUUAUGGUGUACGUUUUAUAGGCUCCUACAUUUCCAUAUAUAUAUAUCAUUUCAUAUUUUAAACUUUGCCUAUAUAUAGUACAAGUAAUUCUCUAUUAAUAAACCACUUACAACUUGUUGUAAGAAU